UAUUAAUCGUGUUUCCGCGGAACACAUGGUGUGUUAUAAAUACAAGAUUACUUUCCUUCAGUGUAUCACUUUCAUUCCACACUUGAUAUAGAUUAGUUGGAGAAAAUGUAUCCAGUUUAUUAUAUACUGCUGUUUCUCUGCGUGCAUCACGCUCACAGCGCUGACCAAGCGAAGCGGUCGGUAGGCUCGAUACCAAUCCGCCACACUUACUCAGAGUAUCACAACAAAGUCGCCGUCCCAGUUCCCCAACCUAUCCCUAUUGGCGUACCACGAGCCGUGCCCUACCCUGUCCAUGUGGGGGUGCCAGUGGACCAGCCCCGCCCUGUCCCAGUACCAGUACCACAGCCUGUAGCCCACGUUAUAUCCCGUCCUGUGGCCGUGCCCAUAGACCGUCCUUUCCCAUACCCGUAUGCACAACCAGUGCCGGUAACCGUCACUCAAGGAGUAGGGAUCCCUGUUCCUCAACCGUACGCUGUUGGAGUACCCGCUCCUGUGCCGGUGGGUGUUCCCCAACCUGUUGCCGUACCUGUAUCCGUGGGCGGUGGGUUAGGAGGAAUUGGGGGCCUUGGGGGUGUUGGAAUCGGAGCUAUUGGGGGAAUCGGAGCUAUUGGGGGAAUCGGAGCUAUUGGGGGAAUUGGUACUGUUGGGGGAAUCGGUGCUGUUGGAGGAAUAAGCAGUAUAGGAAUCGGCGGUGUCAGCAGUAUUGGUUCUGUUGCCGGCCAUUCGUCAGUAAUUUCUCCGUCUGUGAUUGGUCACGGUCACGGGUACGGUGGUUCUAUCGCAGCGUCUCACGCGCAUGGUCAUCAUUACUGAUUUUUGAACUGCAAGUCAUCUUCGUAUUUUAUUUAUUGUAGUUUACCAAAUAUGUAAAUAAGUAUACUUUACCUAUACUUUACAUAUCGUGCAAUAAUUAUAUUUUAAGUUUACGUUUUGUUUAUGUACUUUAGUCCUUGUCUGUAUUGUAUGAUUUCAUGUAUUUUGGGAUGGCACUAAGAUUUUACGAAUAAUAUUUUUGCCACUUACAAUUUUGCCUUUGUAUAGUGCCUAUUAUAAUUUUAUUUAUUGGAGUUUCAAACAAUGCUAAUGGCCAUUUCUCAUGGAAUAGAUAGUUUGUAUUGUAAACAUUUGUCUUUUAUAUCUCUGUUUGUCUUAUUCCUAUCUUGUAUGUCUAUUAUCUAAUGAGAGUGUAUCCUCCAAACCUACGUGACAAUUUCGUCAUAUCUUUUAUCAGUUU